CAUUGGUAUUUAACUAAAGCGUCCGCCCCCUUCGCCUCGCGCUCAGCUGCUUUUCCCUUUUUUUUUUUUUUUUGGAUCGACUGCGACAGCUGCCAAUGCGGCCUUAGGUUAUAUUUGUGAAGUUGGGACAUCAUCGAAGGCAUGCCGCUGAUUCGUAGCACUUCUGUCACUUCCCUGUCAGGACUGGAUGAAUGGGAUGAGGAAUUUGACUUGGAGGACGCAGUUCUUUUUGAAAUUGCAUGGGAGGUUGCAAACAAAGUUGGAGGCAUCUACACAGUCAUCCAGACCAAAGCACGUCUGACCACAGAGGAAUGGGGGGAGAACUAUUUCCUCGUGGGCCCCUACGUGGAGAGCAACGUGCGAACUCAAGUGGAGCUGAUCGAGCCCUCUGACCCCGUGCUGAAAAGAACGAUUGACAAGAUGAACUCCAGUGGCUGUAAGGUCUACUUUGGCCGCUGGCUUAUUGAGGGCAGCCCAAACGUGGUUUUGAUCGACAUUGGAUUCACUGCCUGGUCUUUAGACCGCUGGAAGAGUGAGCUGUGGGAACUCUGUGCCAUUGGCGUGCCGUGGUUCGACCGUGAGGCCAACGAUGCCGUGCUGUUUGGUUUCCUGACUGCGUGGCUUCUAGGAGAGUACGCAGCCCAGAGUGAGGAGCCUCCACACAUUGUGGCCCAUUUCCAUGAAUGGUUGGCUGGCCUGGGCCUGGUGCUGUGCCGGCAAAGACAGCUGCCGGUUGCUACCAUCUUCACCACUCACGCCACGCUACUCGGACGCUACCUGUGUGCCGGCAGCGUGGACUUCUACAACAACCUAGCAGAGUUCAAUGUGGAUAAAGAAGCCGGCGAUCGACAGAUUUACCACCGCUACUGUUUGGAAAGGGCGGCUGCACACUGCACUCAUGUCUUCACCACUGUGUCGCAGAUCACAGCCAUCGAGGCAGAGCACCUGCUCAAGAGGAAACCAGACAUUGUCACACCCAACGGGCUGAACGUGAAGAAGUUCUCAGCUAUGCACGAGUUUCAGAAUCUCCACGCUCAGAGCAAGAACCGAAUCCAGGAGUUCAUCAGAGGCCAUUUCUAUGGACACCUCGACUUCAACCUGGACAAGUGUUUGUUCCUCUUCAUAGCUGGAAGGUACGAGUUCUCCAACAAAGGUGCCGACCUCUUUCUGGAGUCUUUAGCCAGACUCAACUAUCUGCUGAAAGUCAACCAUAGUGAUGUAACAGUCAUCGCAUUCUUCAUUAUGCCAGCUCGGACAAACAAUUUCAAUGUGGAGACGCUGAAAGGUCAAGCAGUGAGGAAGCAGCUGUGGGAUACUGCUCACACUGUGAAGGAACGCUUCGGAAAAAAACUUUAUGAAUCUCUGCUUGGUGGGCAGCUGCCCGACGUGUCAAAGAUGUUGGACAAAGAGGAUUUCACCAUCAUGAAGCGUGCCAUCUUUGCAAAUCAGAGACAAUGUCUGCCUCCUGUCUGCACUCACAACAUGCUGGACGACAGCAGUGACCCCAUCCUUAACUCUGUCCGUCGCAUCGGCCUUUUCAACAGCUCAGCCGACCGCGUCAAGAUUAUUUUCCAUCCGGAGUUCCUCUCAUCCACCUCUCCUCUGCUUCCAAUGGAUUAUGAGGAGUUUGUAAGAGGUUGCCACCUUGGUGUCUUCCCCUCUUACUAUGAACCUUGGGGAUACACACCAGCCGAGUGCACGGUCAUGGGAAUCCCAUCAAUCUCGACUAACCUAUCAGGCUUUGGCUGUUUCAUGGAGGAACACAUUGCAGACCCUACAGCAUAUGGUAUUUACAUCCUGGACCGGCGGUUUCGUGGUGUUGAUGAUUCAUGCAGCCAGCUUACUUCCUUCCUGUUCCAGUUUUGCAAGCAGAGUCGGCGUCAGCGGAUCAUCCAGAGAAACCGGACUGAGCGCCUGAGCGAUCUCUUGGACUGGAGAUACCUUGGCAGAUAUUAUAUAGCUGCUCGUCACAUGGCCUUGGCUAAAGCUUUUCCUGAUGCUUUCAUAUACGUACCACAUGAGACCACCCCAACUUCAGGUUUCCGUUACCCCCGACCAGCCUCCGUGCCGCCAUCUCCGGCAUUGUCUCGUCACUCAUCGCCCCGCCACAGUGAAGGUGAGGACAACGAUGAUGAAGAACGCUACGAUGAGGAUGUGGAGGCAGAAAAGGACAGAGUGAACAUCCGUCAGCCGUACGCCCCCCCAAUCAAAAACAAGAAUCCUGCUGCUCAUGAGUCUAAUGGGAAUGGUGACAGUGUUACAAGUGACAAAAACUGACACAGAUGCAUAAACGUACAGUACACGCUAAACCUCGCUAGCACAAAGUUUACAGUUAAAAAGCUGCCUAGGUACUGAACGUGCUCACUUUAAGAAUAAGUGCAGCUGUGCGACUGCAAACAGUGACAUUGUUAUAAUGGCUUUGGUUGAAAAUUGUAUCACUGUGUCUUCCCAAACUGUGUUCCUCAGAUGUAAAAAAAAAAAAAAAAAAAAAAAAAAAUGGAAAAAAGUAUUUGAACUGCUCUUGGCAUAUUUUCACUUUGUUUUGUGGAUUAAAUGUAGAAGACCACUCGUGUAGGAAAAAGAAAAUCACAACUGCUGGAUUACAUUUAGUACUAACACUGUACAAUUUGGGUGUAACUCACUAAAAUCACUUAUGGAAGCUUAUUAGGAAUUUGUGAAAUUGCUUAUGUACUUUAUUAAAACAGACAAAUCAUUUGUUAAGCUUUUCCCCUGUAAACCAUGUUGCAGUAGUGGAAUCGCAAAAAGCAGUUGUAUGUGUCACUGAUGAUGACAUCUGCAGUGAAGGCGACCAAACGAUAGCUUUGAUAAAUGCUUAUCUGCUAAUUGAAAAGUAAACUGUGAUCAUGCUAAACUGAUAAAUCACUCUGUUUAACUGAAGCUUUCAAAUUUUAUUAUGUGAAAUUAGCGUUUUGUGUUUUUUUUGGUGUUUUUUUUUGUUUGUUUUGUUUUGUUUUUUGGCUCUGCAACCUGGAAAAAAGCCCAUAAAAGCUCAAUUUUUGAGGUAGUGCAGUAUAAACCUCAUGGUUUCCAAACAGGUUCAGCAUGCCAGGAUCAGUCAUUAAUCAAGAUGUCCAUAAAUAAUUAAAUGAACAAAUGAAAUGGACAGUUUAUAGUUUAUUUGCAUUAUAGAACACAUUAAAUUAAUAAAAUAUUAAGAAAUAAAAAUACACAGGUAAAAUUUCAAUCGGUUGAGGUGAUGCUCAUUGCCUUUACGCGAUGUCCAUUUCUCUAAUGGGAUAAGCGCUAAUGGGAACAAAUGUGUGAUUUUUAGGGUUUGCAAACAUUUUUUUGACUGAAGCUUUAUUUUAAAAAAAAAGAUCACUUAAAGAUAGCAGAACUAAAUUUAGUGGAACUAAUUGGUCUGCUACUUUCAUGGUAGUCUGAAAAGCUAAUCCAUUAAGGAAAAAGCAUUGCUAAUUAACUUAUUUCCACUUUUUUUUAAAUGCAUAUACUUUGUGCAUUAAAUUUUACAAAAUAAGAUCAAUCAAGCUGUGAGGUGAUGAGCUGAACUGUCCCACCAGUGCAAAGCUGGUGGUGUUUUAACUUUAAGAUGUUUUAUUUCAAAUGCCUUCUUUACCAUAAAAUUCAUCAGAGUAAAAAUAAAAAUGUAGAACCUACAGAACCAGCCAGAAAAUACAUUAAAAGCACUUUGUUCUCCAGCGUUGAUAAAAGUGGCAUUUCCUCUGAGUUAUUUCUGCGCCUUACUGUAUCGCCGCCUUUGUGGCAAAUUCUGAGAAGAUGUGACCCUCCCGUUUGGGGAUGAUUGUUCCUGGGACUGCCUGUUACUGCAAGUAUUUAUUUGUGAAAGAAAUGAGAAAGAUGAAUGGAGAUGGGACUGAUAUGUUUUCAGGUGAAUGGGGGGAAGGAGGUAAAGUAGGUCUGAUGUUAUGGAGGGGGAAAAAGGUUUUAAAAUGUGAACUUGGUGCACCCUGUGUAACAUUUCAACUGUUUGAAUCUUUGCACCAGAUGAACUUGUAAUAAAGUUUAAUAUGGAUACCUGAA